AUGCAGGCGGAGGAGAGCCCAGCGCAGCCCCCGAGCGAGGCGCCGGGGCCCGGCGGUGCCGCCUGGGACCUCACGGACAGCACCCGGCUGCGGCACCUCCUGUGCUUCGGCUCCGAGGGCAGCGCCUACCACGUCAAGGAGCACAAGCUGGGCUUUGAGAACGCCGAAGCUUUGCUGAGGCUCAUUGAAGAGGGCAGAGGCUGCCAAGUUGUGGAAGAAAUCAAAGCCUUUAGUCAAGAGGGCAGAGCGGCAAAACAGGAGCCCCUGCUCUUUGCCCUCGCCGUUUGCUCGCAGUGCUCUGAUGCCAAAACAAAACAAGCGGCGUUUAAAGCUGUCCCCGAGGUGUGUUGCAUACCAACCCAUCUCUUUACUUUCAUCCAGUUUAAAAAAGAUCUGAAGGAGGGCAUGAAAUGUGGCAUGUGGGGCCGUGCUCUGAGGAAAGCUGUUGCAGAUUGGUACAAUGGAAAGAAUGGCAUGGCUCUUGCUUUAGCAGUUACAAAAUAUAAGCAAAGAAGUGGUUGGUCUCAUAAAGAUCUUCUGAGGUUGUCCCACCUAAAACCUGCCAGUGAAGGAAUUGCUAUAGUCACUAAGUAUAUUACCAAGGGGUGGAAAGAUGUCCAAGAAGCUUAUAAAGAGAAAGCAGUUUCUGCUGAGAUUGAAAAACUCUUGAAGUAUCUGGAGGCUGUGGAGAAAGUCAAACGCACAAAAGAUGAAUUGGAAGUUAUUCAUUUGAUAGAGGAGUAUGGUCUAGUUAGAGAGCACCUCCUGACAAACCAUCUGAAAUCUAAAGAGGUUUGGAAGGCAUUACUCAAGGAAAUGCCUAUUUCUGUAUUGUUGAGAAAUUUAGGAAAGCUGUCAGCAAAUUCAGUGCUUGAACCACGAGGUUCAGAAGUGGCAAUAGUAUGUGAAAAACUGAGAAAUGAGAAACUGCUAAAAAAGGGUAGAAUACAUCCCUUCCAUAUUCUGGUUGCAUUAGAAACCUACAAAGCUGGACAUGGAAACAGAGGGAAGCUUUGGUGGCGUCCUGAUGAAGACAUUUUAGAAGCUUUAGAUGCCUCAUUUUACAAAGCUUUCAAGACAUUGGAUCCAACAGGAAAGCGCAUUGUGAUUGCAGUUGAUGUUAGUGCAUCAAUGACACAAAAGGUUUUGGGCAGUGUGCUCAAUGCCAGCACGGUUGCAGCAGUAAUGUGUAUGGUUGUGGCACGGACUGAGAAGGAUUCCCAAAUUGUUGCCUUUUCACAUGAAAUGGUCCCGUGUCCAGUGACAGCUGACAUGACCUUACCUCAAGUUUUAGUGAAAAUGUAUGAAAUUCCAGUGGGUACCACUGAUUGUUCCCUUCCAAUGAUAUGGGCUCAAAAAACUCAGACAGCUGCUGAUGUCUUCAUUGUAUUUACUGAUAAUGAGACCUUUGCUGGGAAUACUCCUCCUGCAGUGGCCCUUAGAGAGUACAGAGAGAAAAUGGGCAUUCCUGCAAAGCUGGUGGUUUGUGGGAUGACCUCCCACGGUUUCACGAUCGCGGACCCGGACGACAGAGGCAUGUUGGAUAUCUGUGGCUUUGACACAGGAGCUUUGGAUGUCCUUAGAAACUUCACUUUGGAUCUGAUUUAACAUUUGUAGGCAUCUGCUCUUCCCAGUGGGUCCAUUGCUGGCAACAGACUUCACCCUGGGAACUCCCAGCCAAAUAUACUUUAUUAGCUCAUGGCAUAUUGUAUACAUAUCAGAAUGUUACAGGAGG